AGAUCAGUGCAUGUUCCUUUAACCAUAGUGACCUCCCGUAUUACUAACCACUCCCCAUUGUCUCCAGUAUAAUUGUAGUGUCCCCACCUCUAGCUCGCUCUCUAGCUCCAGUGAUGACCACGGACAGCUACAGCAUAGUGCCAACUAGUUACUUUAAUAAACAGUUACAGUAAAAGACUUGUGUGUGCAGUAAGUCAUUUUACAUGGUGUCACAGCGGUAGACCUGCGUCUCCUGUUUAUCGGUUUUUAUUUCAUUAUUUCUUUCUCCUAGUCCUUCCCUCCGUUCGUUUUAUCAUGUCCCACUCCUGUCGUCGACCAGACACUUUGGUGUUCGACACGGACAUUGUCCAUCGCUGGACCGUGUUCCAGCGCGAUUUCGAACACUACAUUGCGAUUGCCCAUCCUGAUGCCACUCCUGCUGUACAGGCUCACCUAUUGCUCAACCUCGCGGGACCUGCAGCCAUGGAUCAGUAUGCAUCGUUCCAUUUCGCCGCCGGAGAGGACCGCAACGACCCGCAGAUGCAGUCCCUGGUGCAACACACUGCUGAUGAUCCUGCCCUGCAACAACUUACGGACGUUAUCCGCCGUGGUUGGCCUGACCGUCGCUCCGAACUGCCUGCUGGCGCUGUACCUUAUUUCCUCGUUCGCGAUGAACUGGUGCUUCACGCCGGCGUGGUGGUAAAGGGUCACAAAGUCGUGGUGCCUGCCGCACUGCGGGAUCAUUACUUCCAGACUGCUCACAGCGGCCACCCUGGGGUGGAAGCUACUCUAUCCCAUGCCCAGAGCCAAUUCUACUGGCCAGGCAUGGCUCAGGACAUCCGUGACAGGGUCUCCGCCUGCGCUGCCUGCAACACCCUGCACCCCCAUCAGCAGCGCCAGCCUCUCCUGCAGCCGCCGGCUCCAGAGCUCCCAUGGAUGGCCGUUGCCACCGACCUCUUUGAGUGGCGCGGAAAGCACUUCCUGGUCCUGGUGGACUCCUAUUCCAGCUGGUUCGAGGUCGACCAGCUGACCUCCAUCACCUCUGCCGCUGUCAUCGGGAAGCUUCGCCGCCACUUCUCCACCUUCGGCUCCCCGGUGACCCUCCGGUCCGACAACGGCAGCCAAUUCUCCAGCGACGAAUUUAAAACCUUUGCUGCCCGUUGGAACUUUCACCACAUUACCAGCAGCCCCGAGUAUCCUCAGAGCAACGGACUUGCUGAGCGGGCCGUACGUAGCGCCAAGGAGCUGCUGGAACACUGCCGCCUGUUCCGUGCUGAUUUCCACCUUGCCCUGCUUAACCUCCGCAACAUUUCCCGCGACCCCGCGCUCGGUUCCCCUGCCCAGCGCCUUAUGUCUCGCACCACCAGACCUCCCCUGCCGGUCUCCCAGCAGUCCCUCAAGCCCUCAGUACAAAAUCCUGCCACUGUCACUGAGCGCAUUGUCAAGAAACAGGUGACCCAGAAGCGCUCCUUCGACAAAUCCGCCCGGCUCCUUCCACGUCUGUUCCCGGGGCAGGUUGUCCGAAUGCAGUCCCCCACUGGCCACUACCGCCUGGCCGUCGUAGUCGGCGACGCCGGUUCUCCGCGCUCCUACUUCGUCGACUACGAGGGGGCCAUAUACCGUCGCUCCCGCCAGCACCUGCUCCUUGUGAAUGAGCCCGCUCCGCCUCCCGCGGAUCCUUCUCACCCCCCCAUUUCUUCUCGACCUCCCGUUGCCCCUCACGCCCCGACAACACCUCGCAUGCCACGCACCCUACCUUCACAACUGUCCGCCCGUUCCCCUGCCUCGCCUGUCAAGCCGGCAUCGCCCGCAAAACCUACCUCGCCUGCCAAGCCUCUUUCUCCGCCCGCAGCCCCGCGUUCUCCUCCGCCCGCCUCUCCUGCCCAUCCCCCGGCUGCUGUCCCUUCUGUUCCCGACGAUGAGGAGGAGGGCGGUUUACGCACCCGCUCUGGCCGGCUGGUCAGGCCGCCUGUCCGCUACGGGGAACUCGCAUAGUGUUGUACUAUUGCCGGUGCGGGUGGUGUUCGUAGCGUAUGAGCCGUGGUCACUCUGUAUAGUACCUGCCAUGCUUUUGUUUCUAAGAG